CACACAGAGUUGGUGUGAGUUAAUGUGUGUGGGGGCUGAGCUUAUCUUCCAUGGUUAUGAAAAAGAAAUGCGUUAUUUUGAGUGAAGGGUCAGCAAUCACCUCCAUCCUUCUUCUUAAUACCGACAAUUCUUGAUGAUUUCACAUGGACGUCGACACCUCUUCUACUCUCAAACUACACAUAAUUAAUACAUAAUUAAUUCAUAACUCACAAUGUUCGAUUAUUUCUCAUCUUCUUAACCCUCUCUCUCUCUCUCUCUCUCUCUCGGAAAACCAUGGCGUCUGAAAAGGUUACAGUAAUGAUACUGAAUGUUGAUCUUAAAUGCCCCUGCUGCUACAAGAAGGUCAAGAAAGUCCUCUGUAAAUUCCCCCAAAUAAGGGAUCAAGUGUUUGAUGAGGACAAAAAUAAGGUUACGAUCACAGUCGUAUGCUGCAAUCCUGAGAAGAUCAGAGACAAGCUUUGUUGCAAAGGUGGGAAGGCAAUCCAGAGCAUUGAGAUCGUCGAGAACAAACCGAAGCCACCGGAAAAACCGAAGCCUGUCGAUAAGCCGAAACCCCCAGAACCUGAGAAGCCGAAGGUAAUCGAGAAAAAACCAGAGCCCAAGCCCCCUCCGGUUGUAGUUCCGGCGCCGGUUGAAAAGCCUAAAGUCGAUCCUCCCAAACCCGAUCCACCAAAACCUGAUCCACCGAAAGAGGUUCCACCGAAAAAACCCGAUCCUGCUCCAACUCCGAAGCCACCUGUUGUUGUUCCACAGCCGGAGCCGGUGAAGAUGCCUGAACCGAUGCAUGGAUACCCGCAGCCCUUCUGUCCACCGCAGUUCCCAGUUUCGGUGUGUUGCCAGGAGUGCUAUGAAGGUCGCGGAGGAGGGCCAUGUCAUUAUGGAUAUGGAAGGCCCGUACCACCACCACCAGGCCCAUGCUACGACGGUUAUGGAUACCAAUACGGUGGAAACAGGCCGUGUUAUGCGAGGUGUGAUUAUUUCAGUGAAGAAAACCCACAAGGAUGUUCGGUAAUGUAAAAAGCAAGUAUAUAAUUAAAAUACUAAUGGCGGCCAUUUUUAGUCUUGAUGACUCUAUUAUCAUCAAGAUCGUGAAAGAUAUAAAGUCUCCUUUUCGUGAUGCUAAUAAUAAAGUUAUAAAGGAGAGAUAGAAAGAGAAAUUGAGAUAGUAAGUUUGUUUUUUUUUUUUUUUUUUUUUUUUUUCGUUUAUACAUGAUAACAAAUGUGUACUUGUAAAUAUAAUAAAUGAUCUCCAAAAUGUUGUUGGAGAAGGUGUAUAUUAUUAAUAUAUACAUCAAUUUACUUUUGCUUA